GACAAAUCUCUGGAUACUGAGCACUGCACAGACGAGCUCUUGCUAACAAAAAGAAAAUGGUAGGAAAAAGCAGCAAAAAUGGGUUUCAGUUUUUCCACCAAAAACCUCUCAUACACCACACCAGUAGAGACUCUGCACUGGUGAAGAAAAGGAUAGUGAGAGACUCAAUAGAGACAGAAAAUGGGAAGAGGGUUGGAAACCAGAGAAAUUAUCAACAUGAAAGAGAGAGUAGACGAAGAUGAAGAAGAAGAGGAAGAGCAGAUUUGCAGGAUUUGUUAUGCCCUGGUGAUUCUGAAAACCCACUUCAGUACCCUUGUGCUUGUUCUGGGAGUAUGAAAUUUCUUCACCCAAAAUGUUUCCUCCGCUGGAUGAAGCAACGCAUCACUCCUAAAUGCGAGGUGUGCAAACAUAAAUAUUCUGUAUAUCGUGUUUAUGCUGAGAAUACUCCAACAAGACUACCUCUCAGAGAGUUUGUGGGUGGGAUUGCAAUGAAAGCAUGCCAUGUUCUGCACUUCUAUCUGCGGUUCAACUCCAUGUGGCUCCCUUAAUUGCAUUUUGGACAUGGCGUUUGAGUUUAGUAAGGAGCCUUUCUGAAAUUCAGGGAUUAGUUCAUAGUCAUAUGUCUCCUUCAACAGUUAUGAUGGACUGGUUGUAUGGAUCUGUAAUCAAUGUCUUCUAUAUGAUCUGGGUGUGUGUCUUUGCUUUAAUAAUGGGAAUAGAUAAUCAUAUUCAUAUUGCUCAUGAAAUUGGUGAAGGUGCUGGGGAACCGCAAGCUAUUGCUGGUGUAAGAAAUGAGGAUCAUGUGGCACUGGGGUUAAGAUUGUUGGUAAUAUUGUUGGUAGCUCCUCUUCUUCGUAUUUUUCGAAGAGUGGUGGUGAUUGCUAUCUCCAUGUUUGAUGUUCCUCUACGACGUACUGGUGCUUUUCUGGUCGCGAUUAUCUUAUUUUAUAUGAUUGCCAACGGUGUGCUGAUAUUGGUGCCGUUCUCGUUAGGACGAAUUAUUCUGCAUUGUCUUUCAUGGCUUUUCUUUGUGGCUUCGUCGAUUUUCAUGCUUUUUAUAGAGUCAGCACUCUAUAUAGGAAAUAACUCAGUGAAGAACGCAUCACAUGUCGUUACAAAUUUGUCUGCUGAAAUUCAGAAUGAUUGCCUGCUUUCAUGUGCUACAAAAGUGGUUGUUGAAACCCUGGCUGCAAACAGUAUUGGACCAGGAGAAGCCUCAAGCAGCGUAUGCAAGCCACUUUCAAUGUACCAAAGCUCAGACCUAUAAGAUGGUAUUACUCUUGCAACUGGAUAUACGAUUGUUGUGUCUUUGGUCUUCGUUUGCUCUGGUAUCCCUAUCAGAACUGUUGCAUCAAAGAUAUGCUACUAUGUGAGGGUAUUCCUGAGAAUUAUAAUAUAUCCAUUCUUUCUGAUAAUUCAUCUUGGAGUCGUUCCUUUGGUGUAUGGUUGGUGGCUGGAUGUUUGUACCAUUACGAUGCUUGGGAACUCAUUUUCUGAUAGGGUAGAAUUCUUUUUGAAAUUCCCUUUAUUAAGUUCUUCGAUGCAUUGGGCGGUAGGAAUCAUAUACAUGUUCCAGAUACACAUUUCUACUAGCCUUCUUCAAAGGGUUUUGCGUAAAGAAGUUCUAGAGUUUCUUCAGAAUUUAGCAGAUCCAAUCAGCAUCAUUUUACAUGGACUUACGAAUGAGGUGCAUUUGCAAGCUAGUCGAUUCCUGUUCUCAAUUGCCGUUAAUGGCAUUUUGAUGAUAUAUCUAGUAUAUUUACCGGUUACACUGGCCAUUUGGUUAGCACCAACCAUCUUCCCUCUGCAUAUUUCUGUAUCUGAGCCAUUCACAGAGAUUCCUGUAGUCAUGCUUCUGCUCCAGUUAUGCUUACCUUAUGCAAUUGAACUGCGGGAAACAGUUGCCGAUCUAAUCCAUCAGUGGGUUACCUCAGUUUGCUGUGUACUUGGCUUAAGUGAUUUCUUGUGUUCGAGACCUGGGGACAUUGGCGGGAAGGACAAUGUGAAAGUGGAAACGGAGCAGGACGAAGUGCAUGAUGGAAUUGCUGCUCAAGAUCCAAAAGAAAGUACUUUCACCUCACAGAAUUUUGAUGGUGUUGAAAACUGUGCAAGUGAUCCGAGUGAUAAUGGCUAUGCUUUGGUACUCCGUGUUGUGUUGUUGGUUGUACUGGCAUGGAUAACGUGGCUCCUCUUCAGUUCAUCUUUGACUAUCGUAUCCCUACCACUAGGACAUGUACUGUUCAGUUUCUUUUCUAAUCUCCCAAUAACUCAUGGCAUCGAGUGCAAUGAUCUGUAUGCCUUCUUUAUUGCAAAUAUUUCCAUCUGGACUUCUUUCACUGGAGCAAGAUACUUCAUCAGGCACUUUAAACUUAAAGCAGGGAUAACGCCUUUACGGUUCAGGGAUUUCUGCAAGUUGUUUUGCAUUAUCGUUGAGAGUUGUGUUAUAUUAUCACUUUGGAUCAUUGUUAUUCCAGUGUUAAUAGGGCUUUUAUUUGAGUUUUCAUUCAUGGUGCCAGUUGGAGCAUUGGUGGUUAAAGGCCCACCUUUGCUCUUGUGUCAGGAUUGGGCAGUGGGGUUCUUCUUCUUUAAGCUGGGAGAACAUUGGUGUUGCUGAACCAUAAAAUUGUUCUGGUAGAUGAAAGCUGGCGGACUAAGUUGGAGAGGAUGAAACAUCAUGAUUUCUUGAAGCUUCCAGGGAGUUGGAUGCUGCAGGAGAUAUUGAUCCCAAUCGUUAUGAAUCUGCUAAUGUCUCUCUGUCUUCCCUACGUUUUCGCAAGAUGGAUAGUCCCCUCGCUUGGUUUUUCGCUAACAGUAAGCUCAACUGUCAAUCGGUUUACUUGGAUAGCCUAUGUGACCAUAAUUGUACUGUUUUCCUGUGCCAAAAGAUUUCCAGUUUGGAUCACCAGCCUUCACAAUUCAGUGCGAGAUGACCUUUAUUCCAGUUUGGGGCUACAAAAUUUUGGUGAAGCAGCAAUAGAGUGCGAAAAUGAGAUUGGUAAGUUGGUGAGAUGGAUUUCACAGUCUCACGGACGCUAAUGUGUGGGAUACACUUAGAUUUAAUGUCACCUAGGAAGUAUCUUAAAACUCAAAAGCGAGCUGUUUAGCUGUUAUGUUAUUUUGUUUUCUUGGCAGAGCUUCUUUUGUUACUGGCAGCAACUUUGAGAGAGAAUCAAGUGAUUCAAUUGCCUUAAACUGUGAAAUAAGCUCCACAGUGUUGCUUGUAAAUACUCGGAAGAGGGGCUUGGCUUAGCGAGUAGGAUUUUCUUUACUACUAUAGAAAGGAAGGUUUCGGUUCAUAUUUUAAAGUUUUAUCUAAUAACAUGUCGUACUAGAGUACUGCAAAACGCAAUUUAGACAUGAAUUCUAGUGUAUUUGCAAUCUUCAGUCUCUGGCAUGUCUGCUGGGGAGCCACUGAUUCUGAUGCGAUAUUAUGUAUAGCUUGGAUUGGGUGUUAGACCUGGUCUUUUUGUGCAUUUCUUGAUUAAUGACAUAUUUUUCAGACAA